ACUGUCAUUCGCCCAGAGCCGGCUUUCAAAAAACCUCUCGAGAUUCGCGUAAACACAAACAUCGAACAAAAACAACAGCUGAACGGAACGGAAAGGAAAUUGAAAAUUUAAUUUUUAAAAUUUUUUCAAAAUGCCGAAAGCCGGCGACAAGGAGAAAGCGAAGGUGAAGGUGAACGUGAAGGAGAGAGUGGUGGACGAGUCCUGUGACCUGAGCCUCUCGGAGCUGAGCGAAAUUCCUGUCCGGGAAAUUGCUUCGUUCAAGCGCGUCACCGUUCUGGAUCUCUCCAGCAAUCGCCUGGUCAGCCUUGGAAAAAACUUUGCCACUUUGACCCGUCUGGUGAAACUGGAUCUGAGCAAAAAUCAAAUACGUUUCCUGCCCGACGAUUUUGGGCAGUUGGAGCAGCUGCGUCAUUUAGACCUUUACGACAACUGCCUGGAGCACCUGCCACUCAGCUUUGGUCAACUGCGACGCCUGAGGUAUUUGGAUCUGAAGGGGAACCCCCUGACGCCAGCCUGGGAAAAGAUUGUGGGUCGUUGCUCCACUCUAAAGGACUGCCAACAGGCAGCCAAGAAUACGGUCAGCAUCUGCGCCAAUUACAAGCCCGAGUAUCUUGAACGUGAGCGUUUGGCAGCCCAACAAAUGGUGGGAUCUGGAGAUGCGUCCUCUACCCAGGCGAACGGCGGGGGAGGAGCUGCUGCCAAGGAUAAGCAGGGAAAGGCCAUCAAACCGAACAACAAAAAAACCAAAGCCAAAAAGGUCGGUGGAGCUGGCGACAAUGAAUUGACAAUCAAGCCAGUAAACGCAACAGGAGGGUCCAUGACCGGACCCGGAGGAUCUGUUACAAAAUCGAAUCAAAAGAGCACUCAAAAAAAGAAGAAAGGAAACUGCUGCUCAAAGUUACUCUCUAGGUCAGCCCUUUCCUCGUUGCUGACAUUUAUGUUGCUGUUUGUUUUUAACGCAGUAGUCAUCUACAUGAUAAUGUUCAAGAAUCCGGAGAUUGCGGACAAACUGGUGGAGUAUAUACCACACCAGUAUCGCGAUUGGAUUCUGACCAAAACCGAAAUCUUUCGGUUGCGUGUAACUGACUGGAUUUCGGAGUUUCGAACACCGCCAGAGGAACACUGACGGUUCAUUUAUUUGAAGCCUUAGAGCGCUGGGCUUCAAAUAGAAAAAAUCUCCAUACAAAAAUUCGGAUAACUAGCGCGUGUGUGAAGGCGAAAAAUUUUGAAAACAAAAAAAAAAAACAUAGACCACCUGAACGAUAUAUACGACUGCAUGGGUAUACCAUUAUAUAUAAUGUACUGCCAUAUAAUUUUGAUAGACUUUAAGCCAUCACGUCCAUUGGGAGGAAUUUUUCACAAGAACACCGCACACACAACAGCGACUAUUUAAGGAUGACACCAAAACUACACUCAAUCAAGCAAAGUAACUGACGAAUCUAUAGCUUACCUAACCAUAUAGCUCAAGCUCAACUCAAUAGUAACUGAAUGGCAGUUCCAAACUGACCAGCGCAUAGAAACUACAGACACAGUCUUUCAAGACCAAAUCCCAGUAAUAUCCAGCAUCUAUCAAUACAAAACUCGAUCCCGGAUCGGAUCGAGCCAGCAGAUAAUCUAAUAUUUUAAUCUAUUGUAAUAGUUAUGUGUGCAAUUAACAAUUUUUAUUUGAAGUUCAUCUUAAAUUAUUGUCAUGUUAGCAGACCAAUUUAAAUUUGUAGAUUUCAAAUCUCGUAGGUUUAAUCGAAAAUUGUAACAUUCAUCACCAUUGGUUUAUUUCUAAAAGUCGAAACAAGUUCAAGAGUUUUCAUAUAAUUUUUGUAAAAAUUAAUUAAUUAUAUUGUACCAACAUAUGUGCAGAUUUUGGAAUAAAAUUUUACAUUUUAACAAAAGA